AUGCGCCUUUUGUCGUUGAUGCGCUUCGAAGGAGGGGCCUGUCGUCUCCCCGCGUUCGCUCAGUUCUCAUCCAGUGUCGAGAGGAAGAGGCUCGCCCAUCGAAGAUUCCUGGAAAAACUGUCAAAAAUGAGAAAGAUGUUCCCAGAGCUUGAUGGAACUCGACAGACAAUCCCAUCGAGCCUUGCCGGAAUGUUGAUCAAUCUCGCGGGCCUGGGGCUGCGCUUCCUCCUGGUCAUGGCGGAGUUCUCGUGGCAGCAGCUGCUCCGCUUCUACGUGAAGGAGGAGAUCACGUCCCUCAACGACGUCGUGGACUCGGUCGUUCCCGGGGAAUACGACCGAGGGAGGGCGUUGAGGAGGGAUCUCCCUCAGGACCUGUUCGACCCCAAUCCUUCGCGUUUCAAGAAACGGUUCCUGAGGAACCGUUUCUUGCCAGCUGCCCAGAAUGCCUCAGCAUCCUAUCAGCAGCCACUGUCAAGGAGAUUUCGUGAACGAGGUUUGAGGUCGAUCGUCGUCGAGAGAAUGGCGGAGGAGCUGCUGGAGGCGCGAAAUCAGAAUGUGGUGGUAUUGAGCUGGCUCGGGGGAUCUGGCCCGCCUUAUACACAGGCUGUGGCCAAUAUCCGGCUCGUCGGAGUCAUGGCUGCACAUUUCCUUGCCUUCCUUGCUCGGGAAGCGGGGACUCGAAUGGAGGAGGUGCACGUCGUCGGUCACAGCCUGGGAGCUCAUAUGGCCUCGUACAUCGGAUCCACGCUCAAGGACAUGGGAGUGGGGAGACUGGGUCGCAUCACUGGGCUUGACCCGGCUGGACCCCAUUUCGAAAACGCAGAUCCUCGCGUGAGACUGGAUCCUGAGGAUGCCCUCUUUGUGGAUGUCAUUCACACUGAUGGAACUCCUCUCGCAGCAGGAGGAUUCGGGAUGCUCCAACCUUCAGGCCACGUGGAUUUCUAUCCCGAUUCCGGGGCUGGCAUGCCGGGAUGUGGUCUCUCUCCAGGGGAAUCCCUGGAAAUGAACGGUUCUGCCGUCUUUGGUUUGACGCAAUUCCUUUUUUGCAACCACUUGAGGGCCAUCGACUACUUCAUCGAAUCCAUCAGUUCUCCCUGCCCCUUCCUCGCUCAGCAAUGCUCCAACUGGGUCGAAUACACACGGGGAAGCUGCGUGAGCUGUGGCCAGAGGGGAGAGCUGUGCCGUCGAAUGGGAUAUCACGCAAUCGAAGCCUGGGAUCCGGAUCUCUACGACGGGAAGCCCCGACAACUCUACCUCUUCACCGGUCCUCUCCGCCCCUUCUGCCAGGUGACGCACGUGGUGACGGUGGUCAUGGCGGAUCACCAGGUCUCGCCGGAACUCGGAUGGAAUGUCGGCAAAUUCUACAUCACCCUUCACGGCUCUCUUGGUUCUUCCUCUAAAUCAUGGCUUGGAGAUGAGGAUUUGCUUUUCGGGCCGGGCCAGGGAUUCAGAUUCCUGGUUCCUUCCCUGGAGAUCGGCGAAAUCGAGGAGAUUAUCGUAGAAUGGGAACACGGAGAAAUCGCUAGGGACCCUGCGACUAGGUGGUUCCUCUUCAAUUCUAGGAUAAUCAUCGACCGAGUCAUCGUUCAGACUCUCGAGCACCGCGCCACGGCGGAUUUCUGCGGUUGGGGUGGAGUGCUGGCGUCCGGGGCGAUAAUGGUGAUGAGACGGGAUGACAAUAGAGGAUGCUUGCAGCAACCCUUGCCCAAGCUCAAUCUGUCGCUCAGGGGCUCACUUCGCAACUUCCGUCUGCAGGAAAAUAUUGAGGAAUUUCUUCGACGCACAGGGUCCAAGCUCGCGUUUUCGCUUCCCAUCAAAGCGAAAUGCUCUGGUAAUAUUGAUGGCUUCCUCCUUGGAAUGUCGUGGAUUGGGCAAACUUUACGCCCUUUUGAUCGGGUUGGAGACGUGAUACCUUCGAUAGCUUAUCAAGGACGACUCGGUCGUCCUCCCUCAGAGGCCGAGUCGUCCUCCCUCAGAGAGAGGAAGACCGUGGGGCCGGGCGCACGUCUUCUUGCUCGCUCGGCGAGUGUCCGUCUCUGUGUUGGGUUCGUAGUUGGAAAUUACCUAGACGAAUUCCGACCCUUGCGACUCCCCUCCAAAAUCGAGCAUCACGUCGGGACCAUCUUGUACUUCUACGGGCCAGUCGCCUUUCUUCUGCUGGUUAAUGUCGUAUUCUUUGCCCUCACCAGCCAUCAUUUGAUUCGACAUGCCAGAAAUACGGCUCAUCUGACUAGUAGGCAAAAGCCGACCCAGAACUUUUGGCUCUAUCUAAAGUUGUUCGUGGUGAUGGGAUUGAGCUGGACCACCGAAGUCAUCAGUUACCUAGUCAAAGGACCAGAGGAGUAUUGGAUCUUCACCGACGCCAUCAACUGCCUCCAAGGCCUUUUCAUCUUCAUCAUCGUCAUCUGCAAAAAAGAGGCCCUGAAAGUCCUCCGCCGGAGAGCCGUCCGCUGCCUCUCCCGCCUCGGCCUCGCGAAUCGAGCCUCCUCCCUCCGGGGCGCUCGAUCCCAGGGCGGCGAGCGCCCCGGGUCGACGAGACUCGGUGCCGUUGGGACGAGCAGGGUCUCCGAUGAGAACGACAGCUCGUUCACCAAGGCGUCUGAUCUGUCCUCGGCUGAGGCUGUCGCGUCCUCUCGGCUCUGA